GGGGCCAUGUUUCUAGCUAUGAAAGCCAAUCAGAAGGCAUGUCGGCUUGAGCUGUCCUUAAUGCAAUAGAGUAAUCCAAAAUAAACUGUGAAAAUAUGUAACAGUAGCAAUACGUGAGCUUCAAUGGCUUGAAGCUACUCAAGUUAAUUCUAAAUCAGUGAAUUGAAAGCUUAUGUGAGGGUCAGACCCAGUCCGAGGGAGCGCCAUCCUACUCAGCAGUUGACAACACUGCGCUUCUUCUCUUAUUAGCCAACUUGCAGGUUGUGUUGACAUUUGAAGAUUUUAAUGUAUUAUUUCUUGGUUUUACCUAAUUUAAUUCAAUGACCGCCGGCACGAAAUACACCGAAAUAGUUUUGCAAAUAAAAACAUUCAAAAAUAUUCUGCACUAAGUCAUUUGGCAGCUUUGCAAAACAGUAAACACGUUGCUAGCUGUCAAGCUUGCUAGCUGCCUCAUCCAGCUGGACGCUGGCUAGUUAGCUAGCAUGUUUGUCCAGCAGUUUUGAGCGAUAACUAUUGUUGAAAGAUCUUUUUCCCCUGACGGCGGACACAAACACCAGUCAUUAUGAGGAUUUUAAGAGCUUUGAUGAACAACGCCGCAAUUGGAAAACAAGUUGAUUAUUACUCCAGGUUUUCUCCAUCGCCACUGUCAAUGAAACAAUUUCUGGAUUUUGGAUCGGAAAAUGCUUGCGAGAAAACCUCAUUUGUCUUCCUAAGACAAGAGCUGCCGGUGAGACUGGCAAACGUAAUGAAAGAAAUCAAUUUGUUACCAGAUAAUCUUCUUAGGACCCCCUCUGUACGCUUGGUACAAAGCUGGUAUAUGCAAAGUUUUCAAGACAUGCUGGAGUUCAAGGACAAAGAUGGUGAUAGUGAAAAAGUCACAUAUGAUUUCACGGAUGCUGUUAUAAAGAUUCGUAACAGACACAACGACGUCGUGCCUACCAUGGCCCAGGGUGUUGUGGAGUACAAAGAGGCCUAUGGCACAGACCCCAUCACCAGCCAGAACAUGCAAUACUUUCUGGACCGCUUCUACAUGAGCCGCAUAUCCAUCAGGAUGCUUCUUAACCAACACACUUUGCUGUUUGGUGGUAAAGUGAGGGUAAACCCAGCGCAUCCUAAACAGAUCGGCAGCAUAGAUCCUCAAUGUUGUGUCACUGAUGUUGUCCGGGAUGCGUAUGAAAAUGCAAGAAACCUUUGUGAUCGAUAUUACAUGAACUCUCCUGAGUUGAUUUUAGAAGAAUUCAAUGUAAAAAAUGUGGAAAGUGGAAGUGCGAUUUCGGUGGUAUAUGUACCAUCACAUCUGUACCACAUGCUAUUUGAACUAUUUAAGAAUGCCAUGCGGGCAACUAUGGAGCUAUAUGGAGAUGCACUUGAGUACCCCCCAGUUCAGGCCCAGGUGGCCUUGGGCCACGAGGACCUCACCAUAAAGGUCAGUGAUCGCGGGGGAGGAGUUCCCUUAAGGAAGAUCGACAGAUUGUUCACCUACACGUACUCUACUGCCCCUCGGCCGCUUAUGGACUCUGCACGAGCAACGCCUCUGGCUGGCUUCGGCUAUGGUCUGCCCAUUUCGCGAUUGUAUGCGAGAUACUUCCAAGGGGAUUUGAAGUUGUACUCCCUGGAGGGUUUUGGUACGGAUGCCAUCAUAUACAUCAGGGCCUUGUCUACUGAGUCCAUCGAGAGGCUUCCUGUUUACAACAAGUCGGCCUGGAAGCACUACAAAACCAUGCAUGAGGCAGACGACUGGUGCGUGCCCAGCAAGGAGCCUAAGGACAUGACUACCUUCCGCAGUUUCUAGAUUCAGACAGCACUUGCUGACCGGGUGAUCUAAUUCACUUUUCCGAUCUUUGAUGAGUUGUUUUCACAUUGCCAUACAUGAAGUGGAAUAUAUGAUGGUGUGAUCGCCCCCAACGAAAGGUCAAACCUCAGCUCGUAUUCAGUGGUUGUAUUAAAAAUAGCCAGACGUUACAGACGGGAGCCUAGUGCCAUACUUUCCUCAGAUACUGUAUAUCUUUAUUAGCCCCUGUAUAUUUUUGGUAUCUCUAUAAAUGGGCAGAAAGUCGAUUAGCUGUUUUCAGUUAAAAAUGGUCAUGAAUUACAAUAUCUGUUACCUUGAUGUGAAACCGAGAGGGGAAAUGUGAAGUGAGGCACAAUAUCCAGAACUCUUGGUAUCGUUUUGGUCACUUAGCCUCUUGGGGUACUCAGUGUAGGACCUCACUAAUGUUUUGUUAUGGUCUAGGGCAGCUCAAAUAUUCUUUAAGACCCAAAACCUUUGUACCCAUAGGAAAUGUGAUAUUAGGCUGUUACAUUUGAGUGCAAAUAAUAUGUACCAAGUCAGUUGAUUUUGUACAAAAUAUUGAGUUGAUGCAUCAUUGUAGUUGCGUUAACAUGAACUUGUUAGACAACUGCCCCGAUGAAUUAUUCCUUUGUGUAAUAAGUGAAUAUAAUUGUCUACAGUAGACAGAGAGGUUGAACAGAAUUAUCACCCAACAGCACAUUCCACGAGCUUCUGCAUGUGCUGGUUCAUUUUAUUAUUAGUUUUUUGUUGUUUUUGUUUGGAGUGGUGUGAGUGAAAGAGAGAGAAAAUGUGAAAGUGUGCUUUGACCAAUUCCAUAUGGACGAUUACUUUAAAAAGAAUACUUUUUGUUUAAGUGGUUUAGACUAUCAGUUGCAAUUCAAUGUGUAAUUCCUUAAAACAUGAAACGGUGAGAAUAUUUUGCGACCGACUGUUCAUAAGCUAAAUAAAAAUCAGUGUUUAAA